GGUGUCUGGACUCGGUAAUGGACUGGAUGAGGGCCCAUAAGCUGAAGCUCAGUCCUGAUGAGGCGGAAGUGCUGUCGGUGUCCUGUUUACCUUACCAUGGAAAGGCUGGUCCUCUACCUACUAGUUAUGAACACUGCUGUGAAGGCCACAAUGUGUCCGACACGCUGCAUGUGCCAGACCCUGUCGCCCUCCUUCACCAUUCUCUGCACCAAAACUGGGCUGCUGUUUGUCCCUCCCAGCAUCGACCAGCGGACAGCUGAACUCCGGCUGAUGGACAACUUCAUCACCACACUGAGGCGGAAGGAUUUUGCCAACAUGACGAAUCUGAUCCACUUGACACUGUCCCGAAAUACCAUCAGUCAGAUUAUGCCUUACACGUUUUUUGAUCUUAAAGGCCUCCAUGCAUUGCAUCUGGAUAGUAAUAGGCUCACCUAUAUCAAUGAGGACCACUUCAAAGGGUUAAUCAACCUUCGCCACUUGAUUCUUAGUAACAACCAAUUACAUUAUAUUUCUGCUAGGUCUUUGGAUGAUUUCAUUGACACAGUUGAGGACCUGGAUCUAUCCUACAACAAUCUUGUUACGGUUCCUUGGGAAACUAUUGGGAGGCUGUCAAAUGCCAACACCAUCAGCCUGGAUCAUAACCUCAUUGAAGUUGUCCCUGAAGGCAUCUUCUCCAACCUUCACAAACUAGCCCGGCUAGACAUGACCUCCAACAAACUGAAGAAGAUCCCCCCUGACCCCCUUUUUUCCCGCAUCCCGGUCUAUGCCAAGCCAAAGGGGUCCCCCUUGUCCGCGCUGGUGCUGAGUUUCGGGGGGAAUCCCCUGCACUGCAACUGUGAGCUUGUGUGGCUGCGGCGUCUGACCCGUGAAGAUGACCUGGAGACCUGCGCUUCUCCGCCGGAGCUGAUGGGUAAGUAUUUCUGGUCUAUUAGAGAGGAGGAGUUUAUCUGUGAGCCACCCAUAAUCAUCCACAGUACUCCAAAGCAAGUUGUCAUGGAGGGACAGAGCGUGUCCCUGAAGUGCAGAGCUGCAGGUGACCCCGAGCCGUAUGUCCGGUGGAUUUCGCCCAUGGGGAAGCUGGUCACCAACACUUCCCGGACAGUUUCCUAUGACAACGGAACCCUGGACAUUUUGGUGAUGUCUGAGGAGGAAAAGGGCACGUACACGUGCAUUGCCUCCAAUGCUGCCGGAGAGUCAACCGCCCCAGUCGAGCUCCUGGUCAGCCCGCGCCGUCCGCACCCGCACCUCGCUAACAGCACGAACUGUGACAAGGAGGCCGAGCCAGGCCCCUCGGACGUCCUGGUCUCAGCCAAGUCCAUCUUCCCCAAUGAAAGCAAGCCUCGCCGGGAGAGGAGAGUGGCCGUGGCCGAGCUGACCUCUUCCUCUGCGCUCAUCCAGUGGCCUUCGCAGCACCACGUCCCAGGAAUACGAAUGUAUCAGAUCCAGUACAACAGCUCUGCCGAUGACCUGCUGGUGUACAGGGUGAUUCCCGCGGCCAGCAAGUCCUUCUUCCUGACUGAUCUGGCUGCUGGGCGGGACUACGACCUUUGCGUCCUCGCUGUGUAUGACGACGGCGUGACAUCUCUCACAGCGACCAUGGUGGUGGGAUGUGUGCAGUUCACCACAGAGGAGGAGUACAGGCAGUGCCAGUCCCUCCGCGCCCAGUUUCUCGGUGGGACAAUGAUCAUCAUUCUCGGAGGCGUCAUCGUGGCCUCGGUUCUCGUUUUCAUCUUCAUUCUCCUGGUGAAAUACAAAGUUUACGCUGACCAUCACAAAAACAAGAACGCUAAAGUGAUCCACGUCUGUUCUCAGACCAAUGGCAGCCAAGGUGGCUGGCUGGCUCCUUCCAGCUCCAAACCAGCCGAGGGGCUGCAGCAGGACUGGGCAGGCAUGCCUCUCAGGGACCACGCGGCACUCAGUGUGGCGUGCGAACGAGCCACACCUGCAGAAGCGGUGGCUCCGAGCAGUCAGUAGCUGUGUGGAGCCAGGCAAGUGGCACAGAAGAGCAACCUGUGUGGUUAUAUUUUAAGCUUCACUUCUAUUGUCUAUUUUUAAGAUCAGAUGGUUAAAAAACUAUUUUUUUAAUCUGUAAAAGUUCUUGCAUUC